AUUUUUUCGCCAACAAUCCCAAAGCCGUCAUCAUCAUGCACCUUCACCUUUACUUGAACUGCCUAUUGACAUGGUCAAUGAUUUCGUUUUUGAGUACAUGCAUCUUGUAUGCUUAGGCGUCACUAAAAAAUUAUUAAAAUUAUGGACAGACGGCCCAAGGGCACCAUACAGGUUACGACAUGCAGAAACUGAACAAAUCUCGAGCAGAUUGGAAAGUAUUAAAUUAACAAAGGAGUUUGCUCGUAAGCCAAGAACAUUGAAGGAACGCGAUAGGUAUAAAGCGUCGGAAUUGAGAACGUUUCUUCUGUACACAGGCCCUGUAGUUUUGAGGGACAUUUUACCAGCAAAAUUCUACCACAAUUUUCUAGUAUUGUCUGUAGCAAUUAGAAUUCUUUUAAAACCACACCAAACAGAAUCAAAUAUUGAUUAUGCUGGCAACCUCUUGACCUUUUUUGUGGAAAACUUUAAGGAGCUGUACGGACGGGAAAACGUGUCUUACAAUGUCCACGGAUUAAUUCAUUUGGCGGCAGAUGUCAAACAUCACGGAUCAUUAGAUGAAUUUAGCGCUUUUCGUUUUGAGAAUUACCUGGGGAAAAUUAAAAGAUUAAUUAAAAGUGCAAAAUUUCCUCUCCAACAAAUUCAUAGGAGGCUGACUGAACAAAGUUGUACCCUCGAGCUCUCUGAUAAUUCAAAAAACAUUACUUCUAACACAUCCCAACAGUCGAAAGAAAUUACAUUUAAAAAUACCAAAAUUUCUGUAAAGUUCCCAAAUAAUAUUGUACUUCUUAAAAGUGAACAAAUCUUACUUAUUAGCAAAAUUGUGACUGAAGUGGAUAAAGUUUUUCUCGCCGGAAAUAUCGUUUCCGCUCCAAAAAAUUAUUUUCAAUAUCCUUGCGACUCUAAACACGGUUUAGUUUUCAGAGUGAACUUAAAGAAGGUUGACACUACCGAACUUUUAAUCCCUAUGUCCGAGGUGUCUCAUAAAUGUGUUUGUGUUCCCCUCAGUAAAAGUGAGAAAUUUGUGCUGUUCCCACUAAUUCAUUCGGAGGACUGAAAAUGGAUCAAUCAAAUUCAACCCAUGCCAUUGUCCACUUCCCAUCUGACAACACAGUAGAAAUUGUUCCAAUAAAUUGGAUUAACGACCAGGCAACGCAUUGCCAAUUUCCACCAUCAGGAGAGAAAGGGGUUAAGAAAAUAAAAAAGAAAGGCGGUGUGCCAUUACCCCAUUGGGCCACAUAUGAAAUCACGAUACUAAAAUACUUUGGUAAGUGGGCCGAAAAUGCAUCUUUCUUAAUUUAUAUUAGUCGAAUUCUCAUAAUUAUAUCAUUUAUAAACAUUAAAUACGUUUCAGCAUCCUACAAUGCAGCUGCUGAACAACUUCCAAAGGCAAUAACCGGCAACAAGUUAAGCGAUUCUGAAAUACAGACCGGAACUAGAAGUAAAAUGUCGUCGACUACCUUUUCUUCAACCCUACCCGUACCCCCACAAGUAACGACUCAUCGUACUGAAAUAGUUUCUUCUUUGGAAUCAGGAAAUGAAAAUGGGGAGACGACUUUCGUUCUUCCACCUGAAUUUGGUGGCAGCUUAAUAUUGGUAUCGCCAGAGGGACAGGAAUACGCACAAAACAUCGCAAACACAGAGACAAAUAAUUCCAAUUCGCCUAAUUUCAUCAAUAAUGAAAUCAUGAAGGAAAUUUUGGUACAAGUUCAUCAAAUAAAAGUAACUCAAAAUGAGCACGGACGAAGGCUGACUAAUAUCCAGAAUUUGUUGAGCAACCGAGACCGCAACCCCCCAGUGAAUCCAUCAUAUUCUUUUCCAAGGCAAUUUUUCCCCCUAAAAAGCAAGGAAAGCUUGAAAGCUUUGGAGGAAAUCUUGAAGGAUCCUGCUCCCAAGAUAGCAUUGAAAAAAUUACUUUCUGAAUGUGGAGGAAACACUUUGGAAGAUUGCUUGGAGCUUAUGGCAAAAUAUUUGUGUUUGGAUGAAAUGCUAUCACAACAUAGUUAUCAUGGACGCAGUGGGAAGACUCCAUUUUUAAAUCAAUAUCCCGAACUCAAUCAGGUUGUAUUUGAAGGCCUUUCACAAAAUGAUAACGCCGUUCCAGUUACCAGGAAGUCUGUCGAUGAAGCCUUCCAGAAAAUUUUGAAGCGGGGAGCUGAUCGAUUCGGAAAGAAAGUGAAACCUCCCUCCAAGCCGACAUCGAACCCCGGAAAUAUUUCAAUCGUUGGGACAGAAGAAACUCAAUAAAAAUAACAAUUAUAUCUUUCUGAUA